AUGUCAGACGUUAUAAAUACCAAUGAAGAUGUACCCACAAUGCAUGGGAAUAUUAUACCAUGUCACAUACAAUAUAGUGGAGUAGCAAAUACUAAGGACUAUUUCACCCCAAGUAAAAAACAGGAAACUCAACCUACUGGAGGGCAGGUGGAAGUGGCAUAUUUUAGAGGAUGCAAAUUAGUAGGCAAAAAUAUGAAUAUUUCCAAUGAUUAUAAUGGCUAUUUAAUCAAUAAAUCAGAAAGCUUGGCCAAAGUGGAUGAUGAGACGUUGGAGGACUACAUAACCGUGAACACAUAUACUCCUGUAGCCAAAUUUGAAGAAAUUACUGUUUAUGGUCAUGAUACUGUACCAGAACUGACAAACCAGUGGGGGUUGAUACAAGAAUGGAAGGAAAUAAGUGAUUUGAUACACUCGUAG